GGCAGCCUCUCUCCCCCUUCUCUUUUUAAUUACCUCCUCACAGUUUUCUUCUUAAGCUGGUAGAACUCACUCCUCUCUCUCUCUCCACGCGUGCAAAUCCAUAGCACAAGCACAGGAGAUGGCAGCAAAAGGAGGAGAUGGCAUGCCAGGAGCCUUAAAAUACCAGACAUGGACGUUGAAGGUCCCAAUCCACUGUGAAGGCUGCAGUAGAAAAGUCAAGAGAGUUCUUCACAGCAUCGAUGGUGUAUUUACGACAAACAUUGAUUCACAACUGCACAAGGUCGAGGUGACUGGUGAUGUCGAUUCCGAGACACUGAUCAAGAAGCUGACCAAAUCGGGAAAACAGGCUGAGCUCUGGCCCGAUCAGAAGGAGAAAAAAUCCGGGAAGUCCAAGAACAAGGACAACAAGCAAGAAAACCCCAAAGAUUCCGAAGACGCCGGUGAAGAGGCUUCCAAAGAUGCAAAUGGAGUUGAAAGCGAUGACGACGGCGACGACGAUGAAGGGGGAGAGAACCAUGGAUCGGAAAACAAGGACACGGGUGGCGCGACCAAGGAGGCCGGCGCUGCCGGAACCGGCGGCAAGAAGAAGAAGAAAAAGAAGAAAGGGAAAAAGAAGAACGACGGCGGCACCGGCGAUGGGGCAGCCCCGGGCAACACUCCAGGGACGAGCUCGGGAUUCAGUCCACCGAUUACGGGCUCGAUGAGCAUGAACCCGUAUCCGCCGAUCUCCUAUUCACCGCAAGUUAUGAGCUACAAUGCGGCAUACCCUAGCCCCAGCACCUCCUACUACGGCGCCUCUCCGAUGCAUGCAUAUUUGUACUCUCAUCCAGGGCAGGCGUACGCUUUCCCUCCAGCGUCUGAUCCGAUCAGAAGCUACGCCGACGAUGAUCAUGAUCACGACGACGACGACGGCGGGUGCUCAAUCAUGUGAAGUGAUUAACAUGUGAAUUUGCUAGGUUUUGUUUGAGGGAAACAAGUGUUGUGGAAGUUUAUAAUACGUAUAGUAGGGGGUUGCUUGAAGAAUAAUGAAAUAUGGAGAGAGAAAUUAAGGGUUUUAUGGAUGUGCUUUGCAUUUUAGGGUAGGAACUCUUCGGUUCAAAAGUCUUUACUUUCUUCUCUUUUUAAUUAAGGUUUUGCUUAGUUUCGACCAAAAAUAAAUUAAGGUUUGCUUAGGGAGGUCAA